AUGGUGACAUCAGAAGGUCACGUGAAGCAUGUAUUCAGCGGUGCUGAUGCUAAGAUCCUUCCAGAGAAAGAGCAGGAGCAGAUUGCCUUAUCAGAGAUGCCAUGCCGGACUCAGGGAGAGCUGAGAGCCCGAGAGCAGGAAGAGCAGCUCAGGCAGCAGGUGGAAGAGCCACAGGAGAAUGGCCAGAAUAUCAAGGCAGAGCCACAAGCAGAGCUGCCCGAAGCUCAGAGUGCCAUCACAGAAGUGAAGAAGAGGAACCAGGAAGAGACGAGAAGAAUUCAAGAGGAGAUGAAUCUCCAUCAGCAGAGGGGCGAUCAACAAAACCAGGUGAGUGAAAGAGUGGCAGCCACUCCACUCAUGAAAGAUCCUCUCUCUUGUAUUUUACAGAACUUGAAGGAACAGCUGGACACAGACUUUCAGAAAGCUCACGCUAAGAUCAAGGCAAGGGAGAAGAGGCAGGAGGAAGAAAUUAAAAUCAUCAGAGAAAAACUUAAUCCCCUCCCUCAGGCUCUACAAAAGCAAGUGCAAGUGUUGACAUCUCACCGGGCAGCCGGCAAAGACUUCCGGCAAAUGAGUGGCACUGAAGAGCCCCGAGGCGGGCGUGAGGCACAGGAACUGUCCCCACCAAAGGUGCUACAGGUUGGGCAUGACCUGAAGAUGGUGCAGGAAAAGAGGACACAGUGGGGGGAGGACGAGCACUUGAACAAGGAGCUGCACGUGUGUCUGAAGCCCUUGGAGGGGGAAAGGAAUCCUUGAGUGGAAGUAGAAUGGUCAUUGUGGCAGUGAUCCUUCAGAAAAUCCAUGAAAAUGGACCAUGAAUCUGGCCAUCCACUCGAGUAGAACUAGCCUUUGGUUUUGACCCAUCCAGUCUGAGAAGUGGACAUCAGAAAAAACCCACUUAAGAGCCCUGCAUGUUGCUGACAGCACCUUCCUAAGGGCUUGCAUUUGAAAUGGAAUCUCAGGCUAAUCUCUGCCAGCCACCUUUCUGACAUAAACUCAUUUCUUGUCCCAGAUCUACAAGGGCUUUGUCACCAAAC